AUGAGCUUUGAAACCACAGCAAUCACUUUCUUCAUCCUCCUUCUAAUUUGCUUCAUUUGCAUCCUCCUUUUAUUGGUGGUUUUUUUAUAUAAAUGUUUCCAAAGCAAGAAAGAUGAAGAGACAGAAAAAAGUCCUUGUACAGAUGCUAAUGGAGGUGAAGAUUGUUUAGCUGCUAAUGCGGAGACAAACAAUUCAGGAGACCAACAAAAGACUAUCCUAACGCCAAUCACGGACUUAAACGCACCCAUGAGGCCUGGCAUUCUUGUCCAGAGACGGAGUAAAGAAGACACACCCUUAGAAAACAAAGAGAACAUAGAAGAGGAGGAGGACAAAACAAAAGAGAAGCAAGAGCCUAAGAAUGCUGGAGGAAAUGGUGAAGAGGAUGAAGAUUUGCAAAAACCACCUACACCUCUCACUAGAACUCCUUCAGGUGUUGAAAACCACAAAAGACCUUUAAAAGGAGUGACAUUUUCUAGGGAGGUAAUUGUUGUGGACCUUGGGAAGGAAUACCCGAUACCUCGAAGCUAUACUCGAGAACAUAAAGAGAGAAAAUGA